AUGGACCACCUUCGUGACUCCUUGCUGAGCUCGCUGCCGAGAGACUCGCCAUCUAUUGGAGCUAUGGACUAUGCUCGUAGAGAUAGAGAGAGCACCCGUCAAUCUGUGGCACGAGGUGAUUUUGAGGAAUUAAGACAAGCUGCUUUUUACAAUCGAACCUGGGUUGUGACGAGUCGAUUCUGUGAUAUUGGUGCUGGCGUUGACUCCGUGGAGGUCCACGUCCAUUCUUUGUGGUACAUCUAUUAUGAGCUAAGCCGACACAUCUCCUCCCAAUCUCCGGAGCAUGAGGGGCUGGUCUUGGAUAUCCUACGCAUUCAGGGGAUGGGGCCUUUGAAUAGGCCAGCUCGCGGGAACUCUGGAGUCGACAUUGCAAGAACGGUGGAUGGCACACUAUGGACGGACCUACCCUUCUUGGUGGGCGACAUGACCAGCUUCUGGAUCGAGCACGGAGCUACCAUGUCGGGCACUCAUCGUCUCAACUUUGCCACCUUCUUAGCCAAAUUGGCGUCGGCGCGAGUUGCCAAAGAUCGCAUGUGUCAGAUCGCUCUUCUGCUCUUCCGCAAUGUCUUUGAGACUUCUCUGGAGCUUCGCACGGGUGAUGAAUCCGAUGGAGAGGACUUGAAUCGUGGUAUGAGACAACUGGAAGUCUUUCAUCUGCUACCGGCUGCUGUGGCUUGGUUGAAGAUCGCAGCACACAACCUAGCGUUGCUGUCCGAGGUGUGCUGGAGCGACUGUCCCAGUCAUAUCAGCCAGGGUGGUGAAGACUUCCUGGAAUCAGAGCUUGGGAGGCGAUCACCCGCUGGAUUCUCGCCAUGGAGAUACAUGUUCUGGAUGAAGCGGUUGCACGAGAUUCAGGGGCAAGCCAAGGAGGCAGGUGAAAAAACACUCGAGGAACUUGCUGCGGAUGGUAUUGAGUACAUGAGCAACACUAUACAGUCACGAAACUCUGAAAUCAUUCGAGCUUUCAAGUCUGCCGAUUCGGCCUUGCACCAAGACCCCCAUCUGUCGUGUCUCCGCAAUCUUGCCGGAUUUGAUGAUGACGAACCGGAAGAAAGCCAGGAAAUCGCCCGGGAAUCAUGA